AUGGGUCUCGAACGCGAAUUGCCCAAGGAGGAUCUCGGAACCACCAUGGACACGGGUCGCUCACGGCAGUACACGAAGAUUUUCGCGGCGGUCGCUUCAUAUUGGGUCUUCUCAAUUGGAUUGGUCUUCCUCAACAAGUAUUUGCUCAGUGAACAGGAGCAUCUUGAUGCUCCGCUAUUUAUCACAUGGUUCCAAUGUGUGGUCACUGUCGCGUUGUGCUUCAUACUCUCGAAGAUCAGCAAGGCUUUCCCUAACAGCUCCAUUCAAUUUCCAAACAUGUAUUUGGAUCAAAAAAUAUCGAGAGAGGUUUUGCCACUUUCCAUUGUUUUCGUCGGGAUGAUUGCAUUCAACAACUUGUGCCUUAAAUACGUUGGUGUGUCGUUUUAUUACGUCGGUCGCUCACUGACAACUAUUUUCAAUGUUGUUUGCUCCUACUUGAUUCUUGGUCAAAAGACAUCGGCUCGAGCAAUUGGAUGUUGUUUGUUGAUCAUCGGUGGAUUCUUUUUAGGAGUAAAUCAAGAGGAUGUUGCUGGGUCUCUAUCCGUUUCUGGUGUUGUUUAUGGAGUCCUAGCCUCGCUUUGUGUCGCUCUAAAUGCCAUUUACACUUCAAGAUCACUUGGUGCUGUCGGUGAUUCUAUUUGGAGACUAACGAUGUACAAUAACUUGAAUGCCAUUGUUCUAUUCCUACCUCUCAUGCUUUUCAGUGGUGAGUUUGGGCAGGUUGCCUACUUCCCCCAACUUUUCUCGGGCACUUUCUGGACGUUGAUGGUCAUUUCAGGCAUUUUCGGAUUUAUGAUGGGCUAUGUGACUGGUUGGCAAAUUCAGGUGACAUCUCCCCUCACCCACAAUAUUUCCGGAACGGCCAAGGCCGCGGCACAGACUGUGAUGGCUGUAGGAUGGUGGCAAGAGGUCAAGCCAUUCUUAUGGUGGGGUAGCAACUUUGUCGUCUUGAUCGGUUCGGCGUUGUACACUUGGGUUAAAAGUCAGGAUAUGAAGAUACGAUACGUGUCACUCGCAAGCGAUUCGGGUAGCAGUGAUCGUCGACCUUUAAUGAAGCAAAACGACGAUGACGACCCUAAAGUU